CACGAAUGCGAUGCUAACAUCGUAGACUAUCCUGUGAAACUCCUCUCGAGGUUAUAUCAUAAAGAUGCAUACACAUUCUAUAUCAGAUAUUGAGCCCAUUGCAUUGUUACAGGAAUCCCCAGAGAUUCCCGUUAACCUGAAUUCCCUACCUUUCGACCGUCUCCCAAAUCCCCGCCAGGUCUGGCCAUUUCCUUCUCAAUCUGCCGAAGAAGGCUUGGGCCGCCUUGUCCUUCUCACCCCUGAUGUCGUGGCAUCUGCUGCUGCAUCAUGCAUCAAGACUGGCCGUCGCAUUUCCCUUAACUGGGACUUAACAAAACUAGAUGUCGCCAAUUUCAACAGAGCCCCGGCACAGCACCACAUCAUUCCUCUACUUAAUGGUACUGCUUUUGACGACCUCUAUGUGUUCAAUCCACAGCAGUCUUCACAGUGGGAUGGGCUGCGCCACUUCUCAGCUCCGUUUCCCACGAAAGACAAUCCCAAACAGAGACUGUUCUACGGCGGUGUCACUUCGGCAGAGAUUGAAGACCGAAAGAAUACGCGCAUUGGGAUACAACAUUGGGCAAAACAGGGUAUAUGCGGCCGAGGCGUGCUCCUUGACUAUGUUUCGUAUGCGGAGCGACAUGGGAUAGAGUACAGCACUUUUUCCGACCAUGGAGUAUCACUGGAAGUUCUUCUCGAGAUUGCAAAGGAAGAAAACAUCAAAUUCCGCCCCGGUGAUAUUCUCUUUGUUCGCAUCGGAGUUACGAAAGAAUGGGAUACCAAAAUGACUCCGGCGGAUAAGCUUGCUUAUGCGCAGAGUUCAAACCCUCUUCAUGCAGGUGUUGAAGGCACGGAAGAAGUUCUAAAAUGGAUUUGGAAUACAAGAUUCUCUGCUGUUGCGAGUGAUGCCAUAUCCUUCGAGGUUUAUCCUCCGAAGCAAUCAUACCGGCGCAAUGGAGACCAGGGAGAUGCACCCGGUGUAUUUCUCCACGAGUAUUUAAUUGCUGGUUGGGGUAUGCCCGUUGGAGAAUUGUUUGAUCUGGAGGAGCUCAGUCGAAUUUGCAAGGAAGAACAGAGAUGGGAGUUCUUUGUCGUUGCAUCACCGCUCAAUAUGCCUGGUGGGGUAAGCAGCCCUCCAAACUGUAUCGCCAUUUUUUGAUGCAUAAUUAUAUAGUUUACUUCAUCUGUUAUCGAGCUUAUUCGAUAAGUACUCAAUGCCAUCAGCAGGGGAACUAUGAUACGACAUCUAUCUAAAAACCCCUAGUCUCAAAAACAUGAAGAAUUUUGCAAAAUUUGCCUGCCAAUCCCCAACAACGUAAUCGUUGCAUUAAAACUUGCGCGUCACGACUCAAAUGAGAGGCGCAGCCGUCGUCAAAUACAUUCUUGAUAGAUCCCAAACCUGCCGGUCCUCCUGUGCCGACCCAGUCCGUAACAGAGCGCUUUCGAGAUGUGUUCUCGUGGCAUGGAAGGUCCAGCCGCAGAGGUACUUGGUCGUUGGCAGAAGACGCAAA